CGCUCUAUCUCUCUCUCUCCCUUGCUCGCCGUUGGGGGAGGGGCGGAUUUCGGAUCGAAUAUGAUGCAAAGUGCCACCAACAUCUCAGAGGGUCCCGGCAAAGGAGUUUCACAGCUCUUGGGAGUCACAGUACAACAAAUCCCACUGUGUGCCGGCUGCGACCAGCACAUCCUGGAUAAGUUCAUCCUGAAGGUGUUGGACCGGUCUUGGCACAGCAAGUGCCUGAAAUGUGCCGACUGUCAAGUACAACUGGCCGACAAGUGCUUCUCCAGAGCUGGCAACGUCUACUGCAAGGAAGACUUCUUCAAGCGUUUUGGGACAAAAUGUGCGGCGUGCCAACAGGGCAUCCCCCCGACCCAGGUGGUGAGGAAAGCUCAGGACUUUGUCUACCACCUCCACUGCUUCUCCUGCAUCAUGUGUAACCGCCAGCUGGCCACGGGAGAUGAAUUCUACCUGAUGGAAGACAGCCGGCUGGUGUGCAAGGAGGACUACGAGACCGCCAAACAGAACGAUGCUGAUGCGGAGGCAGGAGCAAAGAGACCACGGACUACAAUAACGGCUAAGCAAUUGGAAACACUGAAAAACGCGUACAAAACCUCGCCGAAGCCAGCUCGCCACGUGAGAGAACAGCUCUCCUCAGAGACAGGGCUCGAUAUGAGGGUGGUGCAGGUUUGGUUCCAGAACAGGAGAGCGAAGGAGAAGCGCUUGAAGAAAGAUGCUGGCAGACACCGAUGGGGACAGUACUACAAGAACGUGAAGAGAAGUCGCGGUGGCAACAAGAGUGGGAAGGAGAGCUCGGUGGAGGACGGGGGACUCAGUGACAGUGAGCUGAGUUUCAGAGAUGACCAGAUCCUCUCUGAGCUUGGACACGCCAAUGGGCUUUACAGCGGAGUGAGCGAGGUGGCCGGUCGGCAGUUACUGAAUGGGGCUUUCACCGUGGAUGGCAGCGGGCAGCAGUACCACGACCUGAGGGCCAGCAGCCCCUACGGAAUCCCGCAGUCUCCCUCAUCCAUCGCGUCCGCCCCCGCACACACCCCGCUCAUGAACAGCCUGGGCUACCUUGACAGUAACUUGGGAAUCUUAGCACAAGGAGGACAGGGGAUGGGCCAUGCCUUGAGGAUGAUGACUGGAGGUCCCACGUCUGAUAUAUCCACAGGGAGCAGUGCCGGCUACCCGGACUUUCCCACCAGUCCCGCCUCGUGGCUCGACGACAUGGACCGCUUUUAACGCACCGCGCCGUUAGCCCGAGACAUGACGACGGAGAUGCCUGGACAGUGGCCAGUGGCUUCAAUGACUGCAGAACAUUACGGCAGGCCAGCCAUGUAUGUGUUUACAGCUUUGGUUUCCUCACCCUCUGGCAGUGAAUCCAACAUGAAUUCAGCACAGCAUUUCACUGGCCAAAACCACUUAGUCUGGGGCAAGCACUCGCCCAGAAUGGGUCUUCCCCCUGCAGUGGUGGGUGCAAGUGAGGGUCGGUGGAGACCAGUUGGAGAUGCUUCAUUGACUGAGAUGCC